GUACUGGCUGGGCGGACAAAAGGGCGCGUUCUCCACCUCCCGUUGAUGAUCCGCCAUUCCAUUCCCGUGCAGAAGAGGAACAACCUAACCCCCGAGAAGGCGAAGAAGAGCAUCAUCUGGCCGCUCCAGCAAGAACCGCUUAAAGCGAACUAGGCGACUCCCGCCGCGCAACAAGCUGCUGCAUUCCGGGUCGGGCGGCCGCGUUGACUCUCUGACUCGAGUCCCGCAAAACGACGCCGCGUCACCGAUUCCAGUAUGCACUAGCGGGCCCGGCCUGGCUGGAUAUCUCCCCAAUAACAACAAACAACAAUAACGACAGAAAGAAGAAGAAGAAGACGACGACUGGCCUCUCCUCCCUCCUCCCUCCGCCGCCGGUUGAUCAAUCGCCGUUCCGUUCCCGCCGCGACCGACGAACCGCUGCGGAGAUCGAACCGGGCGGACGCGGAUACGAUCUCGCCGCUCCCCGAUACGGACCCCCGCGCGGCGCGAUUCCAGCGAUUCUCCGCCGAAGUUUUGGUGUACAUGAGCCAUGAAGGCAUCAUGACAGCCAUUAGUUGGAGACAGCUGUUGCUUUCACAAGCUAAGUCAGUAAAUCAUUUCUCGGGUUGCACUCAUGGAUGAGUUUUAGUGCUUUCAGUGAAAUUCCAUAAUCCAAUCUGGUCACUUAUGUGGCCUUUAUAUUUUCUACUAAACAAGAUUCUCAAGCCAGAAGAAGACGACGAUAGUGUAGAAGUUCAAAGAUCGGGUGAGGGACACCUGAGUUUGGUGGAGGAUGGGAAAUGCCAUAAGGAAGCAUUGCCUCGAGCACAAUUUAUUGAAUAAAAUAUAUGACAGGUGCCACAUGUAAAUCAGCUUUUUUCAUGGGAUUGUGGGCUUGCUUGUAUAUCAAUGGUUUUGAGAACUAUUGGCAUUGAAACUUGCAGUGUUGACGCAUUGGCUGACCUGUGCUGUACAAACAGCAUAUGGACAGUUGAUCUGGCAUACCUAUUACAAAAGUUCUCUGUUAAGUUUUUCUACUACACCGUGACAUUAGGUGCAAAUCCAGGUUACUCAGAUGAAACAUUUUACAAGGACCAGUUGCCCACGGAUGUAGUUCGAGUGAAUAAACUCUUUUGUGAGGCUAUAGAAGCAGGAAUUUCUAUACGGUGCAGAUCAAUCAGUGAAGAACAAAUCUCUUUGUUAAUUUUGUCUGGAAAAUAUGUUGCAAUUGCAUUGGUUGAUCAACAUAAAUUAAGUAGAUCGUGGGUAGAGGAUGUUUGUGCCUCUGGCUUGGGGGAUAGUGGGCCUAGCUAUACAGGUCACUACAUUGUGAUAUGCGGCUAUGAUGCAGACGAAGAUGAGUUCGAGAUAAGAGAUCCUGCCAGUUCUAGAAAGCAAGAUAAAGUUACAUCAAGAUGCUUAGGUGAAGCCCGCAAAUCAUUUGGCACAGAUGAGGAUAUUCUUUUGAUAUCCUUGAAAUAGAGCAAGAAGUGCAAUAGCUCUCCUGGAAAACUUCAUUCUGGCGGUCCUUGUAGCUGGAGUAUAAGGGGUGUGAUCAGGUGCACCCGCUAUGCUAAACCCGACUGUUGAUAAUGAGUAUUACAGUGGAAUUACAUGUACAGCAAUAACUUUGGAGUUCACGUGUACAUUACAUACAUUCAUUUGUAUAUGUGUAUUCAAUUGUUGCUUGUACAUCGUUGUUUAUAUCAACUUCUUCACCUUUACUCAGUGAUCCUGUACUUGUAAUGGACAAAAUUGAGUAAAGAAAACUUAGGAUUAUUUUUCA